UCCUAAUUGGCCGGCGGCUCGACCACGUGAUGGCGGCCGUAACUAAGCGACCGCGGGAUGCCGCAGGCAGCAGGUUGUCAGGGUGAGGUGGAGGAGGUCACGUCUCCCGGGAGACCCCGCCCACCUGUAGAUACUUUAUAAUAGAACAGUCGCCGCCCCGCUCCGCACUCAGUAAAGCGGCAGGUAUCAUGUCUCUAGCUCAGCAGUCACAGACCUGGUUCCCCACACACGUCCAAGUCACCGUCCUACAAGCCAAAGCGCUGAGGUCAAAGGGCAAAGCGGGGACCAAUGAUGCCUACGCCAUCAUCCAGCUGGGGAAGGAGAAGUACUCGACCACCGUGGCCGAGAAGAGCCUGGCUCCGGUAUGGAAGGAGGAAGCCAGCUUCGAGGUGCCCCUCCUGCAUAAGAACAACCAGGAGCGCUGCACCGUGCACAUCAUCGUCAUGCACCGGGCCCUGGUCGGGAUGGACAAGUUCCUGGGACAGCUGGACCUCAACCUCUGGGACCUGCACCAGACCAAGAACCGCAGGAAGGUCCAAUGGUAUUCCCUGAGGUCAAAGCCUGGAAAGAAAGAAAAAGACCGUGGUCAGAUUGAAGUGGAAGUAGAGUUCAAGAGAAACAACAUGACCGCCAGCAUGUUUGACCUGUCCAUGAAAGAAAAAUCUCGCUCACCCUUUGGGAAGCUCAAGGACAAGAUUAAGGGAAAACGUUCAGAUGGGCUGCCGGAUACUGCUUCAGCCAUUGUGCCGAGCAUGAAUGAAUAUGGAGAUGAGAGUGAUGAUGAAAUGCCUGUAGGAGACAAGAAGAAAUCCAAACUCAAAAACCUAUUUUCCAAACCGGGACUUAAGAAAAAUUCCAUGUCUCAGUCCAUGUCGGUCUUGCCCACACUUCCCCCAUCUCCUUCUCAAAGAACCGUUCUGAAGCCUGGAGACUUCUCAUCUGAUUUUAACCAAGCUCACGGAUCUCCAGUGUCAGAAAGACGGUUUCCACACUUUCCAAACAUUAUGACGCACAAAAGAACAGCAAGUGCAGACACCAAGCAGUUGAACCAGGUGACAUCGGGUAACAAAAAAGAGGGACUUUCCCUCUUCAGUGGCAUGAGGUCAAAGAAUGACCCAAUCACCCGUUCCAAUUUGUGUAUUAAUGGAAAUCAUGUGUAUAUGGAAGAGACAGAACCAAAAAGUGACAGUCCUAAGGACAAUUCUCUGACCAACUCCCCACAGAUCAUCCGAAGAAAUCCUAUGUAUGCUUCUGCUGAUAACCUGUUUGAUAGGCCAUCCAAGGAAACCCCAAACACUUUCAGAAGUAUUCCUGACAAAGGGCUGACCUUUUCUAGUUCUAAUUCUUCUCUUAAAUCUUUUGAAUUGGCCAAAUCUGAGAGUUCACAGGCUGAAGACUCCAAGUUCAAAGGCCCCAGUGUGUCUUCCGAUCUCCUGAAAGAGUCCAAAGAAAAUAAAAAGCCAGAAAGCUUAAAAUCCUCUUUGCUGUCAUUGGUCACUGGAAAGAAAGAAACCCCUAAAAACUCUGAGCAGAUUAGUGAUGUGCCUGUAAAGAAGGAAGAACUGAAAACCAGUGGCACUCGACAGCCCGCAGAUACGCAAACCAAGAAUAACCCAUUUAACCCAUUUGAGGAAGAUCUUGAAGAGGAAAAGAAGCCAGAACCCUUUCCCCUAGAGAGAAAUGCAAAAACCUCAGCUGUCAAACCCAGACUGGACGUGUCUUCAGAGGCUGAAACCAAAGCCAAGCUCUCUUCUUCAUCUGUCUCUGACACUACUUUCCUUGCUGCUUCUUUCUAUGGUGGGCAGGGCACUCCUGAGGUGGAUUUGCAUAAUCCAAGUAAUUUACCUCAGAGCACUUACAGCUCUCAUUCACGUGAUAAGGGUAGUUCCUCUCCAAGAAGCCCGACAUUAAGUGAAGGAAGUCAAGACUCAACUGUUGACUCUGAAAAGACUUCAUUCCCUCUGUUUUGGAGAUCAGGUGUAAGUUCCACCAAACAAUCAGAAUCUAAAGAAGUAAAUGUUGUUUCCCCUUUUACUGAAAAAAAUAAACCAAAAAAGACUUAUGUAAAGAGUCUUCUUGACCAACUCAAAGGCAAGCCAUCACAGACAGAAAAUGAAAAUGUAGUGGAUGCAGAUUUAGUGAGAGGUAUCUUGCCUGUACUUUCUGAGACAUCAUCCUUUUAUAUAGAACCUGAAGCUGUACCAGACAAUAACUCUUCAGGCCUUGAUGAUUUUGGAAGAAAUCAAGAUGAGGAAUUGACUUCCCACCUUACUGUAAAAGAUACAGUGGUAUCUUCUGAAGAAAAAUCCAAUGACUAUGUCAAAGAAGUGCCAAAACCAACCCCAAGGAUACAGUCUGUCACUAAGAAAGAGUCUAAAGAUGAGAAACCAGCCCCUCCAAAGCCAGCACCCAGAAGUGCAAAACUGAACAAUACUCAGGAUCCUGUGUCUAAUACAACUACCACUCAAGCACCUCAACCUAAGGAAAGGUUUUCCUCUGACAGUGUCAUGGAGGAAGCUUCUCGUGUGGGUGCUUCACCUCUUGAUGGUCCAGUUUACUCAGGACAGACUUUGACCAACAUGAAACUGGCCACUCCUACGAGUGAAGAAUACAGCUACAGGUUGGAUGAGCUUCCAGUCAUUCCUGAAAAUCCAGAAGGGACUUCAGACGACGAGCAGCUAGAUGUUAAAGUGAACAAGAUGGAAAGUAGUUUACAUUCCUCUACAAAGACAAACAGUGACUCAAUAAUACAUGUAGAUAAUCAUCCAGUCAAGAGGGAGUUAUCAGAAUCAGCCGACAAUAACAAGGACAUGGCUGACAAGAUGACCUCUGAAGAAGCAAAUUCUUCCGAUAGUAAAGUAAGAGCAGAAAUGAGUGAUUCGGCCCACCAAACUUCACCUGAAUCUGUGUCUUCUCAACACAACCUUCCUAGUUCUUCCCUUUCUAUUCCAAGUGAUAAAUCUAGUGCUCCUAGUGUAAAAUCAUCAACAAACCCAACCAUUGACGUUUCUGAUAAAGUGGAAGGCUCUGGCAAAAAGAAGCUGCUGCGGGCAUGGGUUUCACCCUCUGAAACACAUCCAAUCCCUACAGUGCAGAGCGGUGGAACAAUGUCUUCUCGACAAAGAACACAUCCAGUGAAACCCAUGAACACUCAGAACAAUAUUUCCAACUUCUCACAGCCUAUAAAAAGUCAUGAGAAUGCACUAAAUGUCUACAACAGCAAGAAAUAUGACCCGUCGGAUCCCGCCUCGGCCUAUGCUCAGCUGACACACGAUGAGCUCAUCCAACUGGUAUUAAAGCAGAAAGCCAUCAUCAGUAAGAAGGAUUCACAGGUACGAGAACUGGAGGACUACAUCGACAACCUGCUGGUGCGGGUCAUGGAGGCCACUCCCAACAUCCUGAGGUCCGCCAGUAAGAGAGCCGGCAGGAUCUAACCUCUAUUAGGACUUAUGCACUGAACUAAUAAACCUCAAGUUAAAGUAUAUGAUGGACUGAGCAGGUGGUAAUGGACAACGCCUAUCGGAAGGAUGGAAUAUGAAGGUUGCACUUGGCAAAUGCUUCCAAACUGGAUGAAUGGUGCCUAAAGGGGAUAUCCACUUUUACCUUUUUCCCGUUCCGUUACUCUCCUGUUGCUUCUGAAUAUUCACUUUUUACUUUCAAUAUAUAUAUAUAUAUAUAUAUAUAU